CGAGCGUCCUUGGAGGAAUCAGCGUCGCCCUGGUAACAAAUGCAAAACACCUGCAGAUCCUCAUCACCGGCUGAUCGGUCACAGCUGCUUGUAAUCAUCCACGGUGCAUUUAAGCCGCAUGAGCUGAGCAGACAGGGAGACUCUGGUCUUGAGCCAUACACAAAUACUGGACUAACUGUGUUCUCUUUAUUCCCCCAGAAAGCAGCGAGUGACCGACAGCCUCACAGAUUGGAAGCACGUUUGGACACCCACUUUCACUGGAAUUCAGCAUUGAAGGACACUUUGAGCACCAGCCUGCACUCACCGGAUCGUCUCACUUUUCUGUUAUCACUUUAUUGUUCCGGAAAGGGAGAAAGGUUGGCGCGCCCGUCCCCCAGCGAUGGAAGAAAUGAUACAGCGCCUCGCGGAAGUCAGCAUCCGCCAGCAGCAAAUAAUGGAACAUCUCGCCACUCGCCAGGGCAGGACGGAGGAAGAGGUUGCAACCGCCCGUGCCACCGCGGCCCACCGGGUUCCGCUACCUGAUCCUCGUGCCCAAGCCGCUCGCCUGCUACCGAAGAUGACCGCCGAUGACGAUGUGGAAGCCUUCCUGCAGGUCUUCGAGAGCACCGCCCAACGAGAGGUGUGGCCCCAGGAAGAUUGGGCACACGCGCUGGCACCCCUCCUCACCGGAGAAGCCCAACGGGCUUAUUUCUCACUUCCCCUGGCGAUCGCUGAGAAUUAUGUCGAAGUUAAACGGGAAAUUCUCGCAAGACUCGGCCUCUCGCCUAUCUGCGCCGCCCAGCAGUUCCAUGAAUGGCAGUUCAAGCUCCAUGUGCCAGCCCGUGCCCAGGCAGCUGAGCUCAGCCGUAUCGCUCAACACUGGCUCUUGGAUGGGAACCCUACUGCAGCGCAGGUAGCGGAACGAGUGGUGGUCGAUCGCCUCCUCCGCGCUCUUCCCCGCGCUCAUCGGCAGGCGGUUGGGAUGAGGAACCCUCUGAACACCCUGGAACUCGUGGAGGCGAUCGAGCUGGCGGAUGCCGUCCAUCACCGCGAGGCCGGGGACCGGCCGCCGUUUCCCCGGAGGGUGGUUCAGGAGCGACGCCCGCUCGAAGGCACCCCGCGACCACUCAGCAGGCCGACGGUUCCCCCGCCGCGAGAUGAGCCCAUGCCCAGCGCUGAACCACCACCCUCCCCGCGAACGUGGCUGGCGGGUUGCAUCAUCCACCCGCACGUACCAUCGGGAGCCCCUGAAGCAGACGUGACGGUGGAAGGAAGACGCUUCCGGGCCCUACUGGACUCAGGCAGUGCGGUCACCCUCAUCCAGGCGCGGCUGUGCGCUUCACGAAGCAGCCCGAAAAAUUUCUUACCCGUGACCUGUGUGCACGGAGACACUCGCCAAGUACCAGCCCGUAGAGUCACCAUCUCAUCACCCCAAGGCACCUGGCCGGUGGAGGCUGGCCUGGUGAAGGACCUGCCGGUGGCCGUAUUGCUUGGGAGAGAUUGGCCCGGUUUUGACCAACUACUCACCGCUGCUACUCAGCCCGCCAGCCCAGAGGGGAACCGUCGAAGACGCCGACGCCCUCGUGGACCACGCCGCCGACCGUCUCUACUCGCCUCCGACAGUGGGAGAGAAGGUGAGUCCCCCUCCCAAAACGCUAAUCUGUUUUAUGAUGUUUUCCAACAGGCUGCUGGAGGGGGCUCUUUCGCCCAAGAACAGCGGGAGGACGAUCGGCUCAAACACUGUUGGGGUCAAGUGCGUGUCGUCGAGGGAAAGGAUGUCCUCCCGCGGCCUCACCCUCUCCCACACUUUGUCGUUGAGAGUGGCCUGCUGUACUGUGUUGCCCAGCGGAGGGGGGAGGAGAAGAGGUUACUGGUGUUACCCCGGACCAAGACUGAAACCGUCCUAGAGCUGGCGCAUUCCCAUCCCAUGGCAGGUCACCUCGGGGCAGCCAACACCACCCAACGCAUCCGUGACCGCUUCCACUGGCCGGGCCUGGAGGCCGAAGUGAAGCGGUUCUGCCAAGCCUGCCCGACCUGCCAGGCUACAUCACCCAGAACCCCUCCCCCCAGCCCGCUCAUCCCGCUACCUAUCAUCGAGGUGCCCUUCGAGCGGAUUGGAAUGGACAUAGUAGGCCCGUUGCCAAAGUCUGCCCGCGGACACGAGCACAUCCUGGUAAUCGUCGACUACGCCACCCGGUACCCGGAGGCAGUCCCCCUGCGUAAGGCCACCGCGAAGUCCAUCGCCCAGGAGCUGUUUCUGCUGUCCAGCCGAGUUGGCCUCCCCUCGGAGAUCCUGACUGACCAGGGAACCCCUUUCAUGUCCCGGCUGAUGGCGGACCUCUGCAGGCUGUUGCGGGUAAAGCAGUUGAGGACCACGGUUUAUCAUCCCCAGACGGAUGGACUCGUCGAGAGAUUUAACCAGACCCUCAAGCAAAUGCUAAAACGCGUGGCGGCGGAGGAUAAGCGGGAUUGGGACCUCAUGAUCCCCUACGUGCUUUUUGGGGUCCGUGAAGUUCCCCAGGCCUCAACUGGCUUUACCCCCUUUGAGCUCCUGUUUGGUCGUCAACCACGGGGGCUCCUGGACAUCGCCAAAGAAGCUUGGGAGCAACAGCCUGCCCCUCAUCGUACUGUCAUUGAGCACGUCCGCCAGAUGAGGGAACGGAUCGAUCGGGUGAUGCCGUUAGUCCGGGAACAUCUCAGCAAGGCCCAGAAAUCGCAGCAACGCCACUACAACCGGGCGGCCCAGCCACGGGAGUUCCAGCCGGGAGACCGCGUCAUGGUCCUGGUCCCCAACUCUGCCUGUAAGUUCCUGGCUACCUGGCAAGGGCCAUAUUCAGUGGUGGAGAAAGUCGGACCAGUCACAUACCGGCUGAGGCAGCCAGAACGGAGACGGAAGGAGCAACUGUAUCACAUCAACCUCCUGAAGAAGUGGGUGGGGACCCGGGACCAAGUGGCAGCCCUGAGUCUCACCGACCCCGUCAUCGUCGACAUCAACUCCGAACUCUCAGCCGCCCAAAAGACCGAGCUGCAGCACCUGGUCAGUCAGUUCCAGGAUGUGUUCUCUUCCCAGCCCGGGCAGACCAACGUACUCCAGCACGACGUCAGGACGCCCCCAGGAGUCAUCGUCAGGCAACGGCCCUACCGUGUCCCGGAAGCUCGUCGGCAGGCUAUAGAGGAGGAAAUCAAACAGAUGCUUGACUUGGGGGUAAUCGAACCAUCUCGGAGUCCCUGGUCCAGCCCGAUUGUGAUGGUCCCGAAGCCGGAUGGCACCCUCCGCUUCUGUAAUGACUUCCGCCGCCUGAACGAAGUCUCCGAGUUUGACAGCUAUCCCAUGCCCCGCGUCGACGAGCUGCUGGAUCGCCUUGGGAGGGCCCGGUACAUCAGCACCCUAGACCUCACAAAGGGGUAUUGGCAGGUACCACUCUCGGAUGCCGCUAAGCCGAAGACUGCCUUCUCGACCCCUAGUGGCCACUGGCAGUACCGGACCCUUCCCUUCGGCCUACAUGGGGCCCCAGCGACGUUCCAGCGGAUGAUGGACAUCAUCCUGCGACCCCACCAGGCGUAUGCAGCCGCCUACCUGGACGACGUCGUAAUCCACUCGGAGGCAUGGGAAGAACAUCUGGACCGUCUCCGGAGGGUGCUCUCGGAACUCCGGCGGGCUGGACUCACCGCCAACCCCCGCAAAUGCCACCUAGCUCUCUCCGAGGCCAAGUACCUGGGUUACCAAGUCGGCCGAGGCCUCAUUCGGCCACAAGAGAAGAAGGUGGAGGCCAUCCUCUCUGCCCCGAGACCCCGGACGAAGACCCAGGUACGAGCCUUUUUGGGGUUGGCGGGUUAUUAUCGAUGUUUUAUCCCCAACUUCUCCUCUUUAGCCACCCCCCUGACAGACCUGACCAGGAAGGGGCAGCCGGAGAAAGUAUGCUGGACCCCAUCGACAGAGGAGGCUUUCGCCCAGGUCAAAGCAGCCCUCACCUCCUCGCCUGUGCUGCGCGCCCCGGACUUUAGCUGCCCCUUCCUGCUGCAGACGGAUGCCUCCGACACAGGUUUGGGAGCCGUGCUCUCCCAAAUUCAGGAAGGUGAGGAGCAUCCGGUCAUUUAUAUCAGCAGGAAACUGUCCCCGGCCGAGAGGAAGUACGCCGCCGUGGAGAAGGAGGCCCUGGCCAUCAAGUGGGCAGUCCUGGAGCUCCGGUACUACCUCCUAGGCCGCAAGUUCACCCUGGUCACCGACCACGCACCCCUACAGUGGAUGGCUCGCGCCAAGGACACCAACGCCAGGGUGACUCGCUGGUUCCUAGCACUCCAGGACUUCCACUUCGAGGUGCGCCAUCGGGCCGGGGCCGCCAAUGCGAACGCUGACGGCCUCUCACGGAUCUGGUCGGCUUUUGCAGGUUUGUCAGGGGUCAUUCCCCACCCUCCCCGGAUUUCACCCCUAAUCUCUCCAUUUCUGCACAGGACCAGAACGACGCUUAGGGGGGGGGAAUGUGACGAGCGUCCUUGGAGGAAUCAGCGUCGCCCUGGUAACAAAUGCAAAACACCUGCAGAUCCUCAUCACCGGCUGAUCGGUCACAGCUGCUUGUAAUCAUCCACGGUGCAUUUAAGCCGCAUGAGCUGAGCAGACAGGGAGACUCUGGUCUUGAGCCAUACACAAAUACUGGACUAACUGUGUUCUCUUUAUUCCCCCAGAAAGCAGCGAGUGACCGACAGCCUCACAGAUUGGAAGCACGUUUGGACACCCACUUUCACUGGAAUUCAGCAUUGAAGGACACUUUGAGCACCAGCCUGCACUCACCGGAUCGUCUCACUUUUCUGUUAUCACUUUAUGUAAAUAAAUCCACCCUCCGGGGCUUUGUGUUCACAGCAUUUACUUGUCGAGUGAUUCUUCACCCC